AUGAUCGGCUCCCCAGAUGUGGUGGCAUUUACCAAAGAUGAUGAUUUUGGAGAUUAUUACACGGAUACGUGCUCACUCCCAGAGGAGUUCUCUGUGCCUUCGUUAUCUCAUGCACAUGCCAAUCCAUGGACUAAAACAUCCUAUGCAAAAUUCUUCAAGGAUUUCAUUCUUAUUUCUGAAUUCUCAGAACAGGUUGGUCCACAGCCAUUGCUCACCAUUCCAGAUGAUUCCAAAGUGUGUGGAACGUUUGACCUUAACUACUUCUCACUGCGUAUCAUGUCAGUGGACUACCAGGCCUCCUUCGUGGGCCACCCUCCAGGCAGCAGCUACCCUAAGCUCAAUUUUGUGGAGGACUCUAUAGUUGUUCUUGGAGAUUCCAAAGAGGGAGCCUUCGCCUAUGUGCAUCACCUGACCCUCUAUGAUUUGGAGGCGCGUGGUUUUGUCCGUCCUUUUUGCAUGGCAUAUAUUUCAGCAGAUGAGAACAAGAUUAUGCAGCAGUUUCAGCAGCUGUCAUCUGGGUUCUCCAAAGCCUCAGAAUGCCUUAAAUCAGGAAAUCGGAGAGCCUUCGCUAAAGAGGUGGAGAAGAAACUAAAGGACCUGGAGUACACCAGAUCAGUUCUGCACAAGGAGACCGAGCUGCAGAAAACAAACAGUGGCUGUUAUUCCAUGCAGGUUAUUGAGAAAGCCAAUGAGUUGGCAAAUGUGGAAAAAUCUAUCUAUGAACAUAAAGAUUUGUUGAGGCAAGUCACAUCGUAUCCUCGCAAGAAAAAGCAAGAUUCUGAUCAGGUGCAAUGUGAGCUGGAAAACAUGACUGAUACAAAUAUGGUUGACAACACGAUUUCUUCGAACCAUUCUGAAUGUAGGGAUAAACAUGUGGAAGCAGAUAAAGCUGGUCUGCCUUGCUCUUACACCCCCCAGCUUAUUAAAGCUAAAUCUGCUAAAUGUUUUGAUAAACGCUUAAAAACGCUUGAAGAACUAUGUGAUUCAGACUUCUAUCUCCAGACAAUAGACCAACUGAACCUAAUCGAAAAGACUUUUAAAGGGGAUCUUUGCUGUUUAUACACCAGCCAGAUUGAUCAGGCUCUCCUGAGUAAAAUGAAAAUGACUAGUUUUCUUUUUGAAGAGGAAAGAGACUGGGAGGAAGAGGUAAUGGCUAGAAAUUUGUAUGAACACAAUCAUACCACACAUAGUGUUCCACCAUUUAACUUAUCUGGCGAGCCUUUGAGCCUCGAGUCCUACACCACUUGUAUUGAAAUGAACCACAGUAAGAUGGACCUUGAGUCUUUGGAAGUACCUCCAGAGUCCAGUACCUCUGAUAUCACACAGGAAACCUCUGAAGAAGCUAACGAUUCCGAGACAAAAGGGAGUUUCAGUAGUGACAGGAGUAUUGAGACACUUGGAAAUGUAAGUCCAGCUGAUCCUGAUGGUUUUCUGAAAAGAACCACCACUGUGUUAUGUGCUGCAAACUCCUCUAAAGAACAAGAAGACACCCCAUUUAUUGCUGCUGUUAAUAAGGCAUUAUUGUUAGAAUGUGAAGUAGACCUUAAUCCAGCCAAUGUUUUUGAAACUGGGAACCUAGUUCAAAUAGAUGCUGCCUGCUGUAUGAGACAGGAUGGCUUUAUGCAUGAUGAGCUUUUGUCUGAACCUGCCCAGGAAUGUUGUGAGGACACAGUGGUUGAGCAGGAGCCCCUAUCCCUGCUUCAGGGUGACCCCGCUCUGCAGGUGGACUACGUCAAAUCAGUGCUGACUGUAUCAGGUACGAGCAUGGGUUUGACACUUCCUGAGCUCAGCCCUAGUUCUGUCUCAAAGGAGGUGGCUAAAAUGAAUGUUGAAGAUGUUUCAGAUACUACCAGCUACAUGAGCAUCUCCACCAGCUCAGACAGAACAGCCUCACCUUUCACCUAUGGUACUCCAAUCACGUUUAAGCAGAAGAAAAGGGCUGGGCACAGCACUCUUUGGUUUAUCAGACAGUAUCCUUUUGCUCAGCAAGCCAUAUACUGUCUUCUGAGUGGUCGAACUCUUGUGGUUCUCGGAGCUGAUGAAAGCACUGUAAGGAAGUUGGUGAAUGCCUUAAUCAUUUUUGUGCCCAAUCUCGGAAAGUAUGGUGAAACAGUGCAGCCUUGGCUUUCCUCGUCAUUUCAGCUGACUGACCUUCAGAGAUGGAAACUCAUUGGACUGCAGAGGGUUGUUUCACCACUAGGUUCCAGCAUUCUCCAUUCACUGAACCGCUACAGUCGAUAUAUUGGCAUCCUGGACUGUGACAACAAAACACUACGAUGUCCAUCCUACAAAGGAACACUAAUAAGUCACAUGGCGGACCACCGGACCCAGAUCAAACGUGGCAGCACCUACUAUCUUCAUGUGCAGAGCAUGUUGACUCAGCUUACAGCUAAGGCAUUCCUUUAUACGUUUUGCCAUCACCUGCACCUGCCCAUUAGCACAGAUCAAGACCAAGCAUCUGUAGCAUUACGCAGGACUAAUUUCUUGUUGCAGCUCGGGUACACUGAGGAGGAAAGUAAAAUUAUUCACUUCCUGAGUGAGCUCAUCAAGCAGCAUUAUCUUCAGGGGCCUUUAAAAGGGGUCGGCCAGUCUUUCUUUAGUUUUAAUUACACCACCAGCUAUUUGUACAAAAUAUGA